AUGCUGCAGCUUCUUUUAGACAUCGAGCCUCUCAAGGUUUUCUUCGGUGGCUCCAUCACCCUUGUUGCAGUCUUCUUGUUCUCCACCAAGUUGAACCAGUUUGUCAGAUCGGUGGCUGUUUUUGCCUGGGCGUGUUUUGUCAAGCCUUUUAUCAACAAAGUUCAUAACAAGCCUACCGAGCAGCAGCAGGCUCUUGAGUUGUUUUACAGCAACCAGGCCCAUGUCUAUGACAAGACUCGUGGCAUUUUGUUGAAAGGAAGAGAGGACUGUCUCCUGUUGGCUGCUGCCCAUAUUCCUAACAAAAACGGUGAGCUUGUCUGGGUUGACAUUGGCGGCGGUACCGGAAAAAACAUCGAAAUGAUGGACCUGGUCUUGCCCAUUACCGAGAACUUCCAGGCCAUCUACUUGGUUGAUUUGCUGCCUUCCCUCUGUGAAAUCGCUCGUCAACGGUUUGCUGGCAAGCCGUACGAGCACAUUGUGCACGUUCUUUUAUCUGAUGCCGCUGAUUUCACCAUCCCCCACGAAAAAGCUGAUUUGAUCACUUUUUCCUACUCUUUGCUGAUGAUCCCUACCUUCAACUCUGUGAUUGACCAUGCUGUUGAGCUCUUGGAUAGCGCCAACGGUGUCAUUGCCAGUGUUGAUUUUGGUGUUCAGAGCGCUGACACUUACAUGGGCAGAAUCAACACUGUGGGUGGUCUCGUGAACAGAAACAUCCCAUGGUUGUUGAGAAACUUCUGGCGCAUCUGGUUUGAAGCAGACAAGAUUUUCUUGGAUUCGGCCAGACGUAACUACUUGGAGUACAAGUUCGGAACCCUCAAGUCCUUGAACUCUUACAACAACAUGUUGGGCCGUAUUCCAUACUAUGUGUGGGUUGGCUGCGACAAGUCCAGAUCGUCUGCUUUGCUUCACAGAAUCAAUUGUCUUGCAACUGAGUCGCCUUAUCUUGCCCCAUCGGAGGAGACACAGGCUCAAGAAUACGACAUUCCUGUCAGCAAGGGUCAUGAAGCUGCUUUGUCCAACUUGGCCAAGAAGUUGCCAUUCCCUUCAACAUACUACCAGCGUCAGCCUUGGAGAGUGUACUUUGACGAGAUCAACCCUCAGUACCACCAGUUCAGAAACCAGUACAUUUACGGUUUCACCUGGGAGGAUCCUCGUGAAGACCACAACAUCUUGAAGUUCUCUAGUAACGACACUGUUUUGGCCAUCACUUCCGCUGGUGACAAUAUCUUGGACUAUGCUGCCCUUCCUGACCCACCAAGAAAGAUUCACGCUGUGGACUUGAACCCUUGCCAAAAUCACCUUUUGGAGUUGAAAUUGGCCUCCUUCAAGUCUCUUGACCAGGAGCAUGUUUGGAAGAUUUUUGGCGAUGGUCGUAUCAACAACUUCAGGAACAUCUUGCUCUCCAAGCUUAGUGCCAAUAUGUCUUCCAACGCUUUCCAGUUCUGGAUCGACAAUGGUGACACAGCCUUCAACCCAGCCGGAAAGGGUUUGUACGACACUGGUUCCACCAGAUGGGCUUUGAGACUCGCCAAAGCUGUUUUCACUAUUUUCGGUGCCAACAAGCAUAUUGAGGAGCUCUGUUCAUGUACUACUCUCAAGCAGCAGGCUCGUGUCUGGAAAGAAAAGGUGAGACCCACUCUCUUGAACCCAAUGGUGGCUACCAUCUUGAUCGGUAACCCUAUUUUCUUGUGGAAAGCUCUUGGUGUGCCAGCUAACCAGGCUGAGAUGAUGGGUCCUUCUGUCUUCAAGUAUGUUGUCGACACCUUGGACCCUGUGAUCAACCGUACCUUGAUUUCCACCGACAACUACUUUUAUUAUUUGUGUUUGAAGGGACGCUAUGCCCGCAACAACUGCCCUACCUAUUUGACAGAGAAAGGAUUCAACAAUCUCACGACGGUGCGUAAAGACGGUACUGCCCCAAUCGACAACAUCCGUCUCCACACUGACACUUUGAAUGAUGUGUUUGCCCGUCUCAGCAAGAAGUCUAUCACGAUUGCCAUCAUCAUGGACCACAUGGACUGGUUCAACCCAGACGGUGACGAUGCCCGCAAGGAGAUCGAGGCUGUCAAGGAAUGUUUGGUUCCAGGUGGCCGUGUGAUGCUUCGUUCCGCCGCUCAGUACCCUUGGUACAUCAAGACUUUCGAGUCCUGUGGCUUCACUUGUAAGCCUGCGGCUAUCAGACACUCUGGUGAGCUGAUCGACAGAAUCAACAUGUACUCAUCCACAUGGGUGUGUACAAAGGCUGCUGACAAGAAGCCCCAAGGAUUCCGCCGCCGGAUGAGUAGUCUUCAAAUUUAG